AUGCAAUCUACAAUCUUAAAGCUCGCGGUGUUGGCUGCGGCCGUACUUGCUUAUCCUGGGCCACAUGUCGAACAGCGCGAUACACGCCAAUUCUUUGGAUAUACCGACUUUGAGUGUGCGGGCGGCACCAUAAUGACUGGUCCUGUUACCACUGGAGUUUGUGUUGCAGCACCGGAAGCUAUGACAUCUGCUCAAAUCUUUGGCUCGAACUUCUGGGACGCCCAGGUGAAAUUUUACAGCGAUUCGAGCUGUCAAGAUGAAAUCUCAGCGGUUACAGAGGUCGGCGACAACGAAGCCAGCUUGUGCUUUGAUCUAGGGACAAAAGCAAAGAGUGUCAAAUAUGUUAGCUCAUUGUAG